AUGGUUGUUACUGUUGACUGUUGGCCAUUUCUACAUUUGACAUCAUCCACAGGUGGAGGAACUGGCUUCAUUGGGACAGCUCUUACCAAGAGUCUGCAGCACCAUGGUUAUGAUGUGGUGUUGGUGUCCAGGAAGCCUGGGCUUUACAGACUAAGCUGGAAUGACCUCAACAAAAAAGGUCUACCAGAAUCCACUGUGGCUGUUGUUAGUCUUGCUGGACAGAAUGUGUUAGAUCCACUGAGGAGAUGGACUGAAGGCUUCAAGCAAAAUGUUUGGGCAUCACGCGUAAACACAACAAGAUACUUGGCUGCAGCUAUUGAGUCUGCCAAAGUGAAGCCCAAGGUCUUUGUGUCAGCCUCAGGUGUUGUCUUCUCUGCAUCUUAUCACAUCCUCUUCCUGCUCAGUCCUGAGUGGUAUCUAGUCCUUUAAGGCUAUCCUAGAGGCAGAGAGGAUCAGAGAAAACCAAGCCUUCUUCAAGUCUAUUUAUUGCAAAGACAAUUUGGUAUGUACAUAUCGGGACUAAACACUUCCUACCACCUUCCCACAUGUAACAGUUUCAACUGACAUUUCCUCACUCUUCUAAACAUGAACUAUACACUAAUCAUAGCGAUAAUACCUAGCCUGAAGUUUAUUCAUUCGUAAUACAUUUUCCAAUACAAACAAUCGAAGAAACUUGCACAGGAUAACUAAAUAACUCUGGUUCUAGGGGGAAAAAAAUGUCUCCCCUCCACACCCUGAUUCUCUUACAGGCUUCUUUAAAUGAGAAAGGCAUAACUUAAAGCUCCUUAUGUAACCAUAUAUACAGUGGACCCUCAGACUUUGAAUUUAAUUCGUUCCUAAAGGCUGUUCGGUGUCUGAAUUGUUCAAAGUCUGAAACUGUUUUCCCCAUAAGAUACAAUGUAAAUAAUUUUAAUCCCUUCCAAGAAAUUAUAUUUUUACCUAGGUAAGUAAAUAAGAAUUAAACUAUGUAAAAUGAACAUUAUUUAUCUUUUGGUGGCAAACUUCAUGGCACAUGUAGAUGAUAGUGUGGGAGAGCAAGGGAGGCAUGGCAUUGUGUACGUAGUAAUAUAGAUGGUUAUUUCUGGGUGAUCUUUGCAUUUGAGGCUGUUUUAGGUAGGGACACCUGGCUAACACAUAGCAGUCCAGAAGGUUUAAGGUCUAAGUUACAAAUACAGUGGUACUUCGACGUACAAAUUUAAUUAGUUCCGUGACAGUCGUUGUAUAUAAAACAAAAAUUUUCCCAUAGAAA